AAAAAAAAAAAAAACUCCUCUCUCUUCCACAGUUCCACUUCCCUGUGUUCUUUCUUCCUCACUCCGCCCCAUGUUUUAGGUCUCUCUCUCUCCCCCUCACACACACAUACACUCUUUCUCUCUAUCUGUCAGUGUUAGUUCCCUUUCCAUCUCUCUGCUUAGCAUAAGAAGAACGGAAGAAGGUGUUUCUUGCUUACAAGUUCGAAUGGCUUCGAAGCUUGGCUUAGCCGGUGGGAUUCCAGAGCGUCGCGUUCGUGUCAUAUGGGACGCCAUUGAUUCUCGUCAGUACAAGAACGCUUUCAAGCACGUCACUACGCUCCUCACCAAACACCCUAAUUCCCCCUAUGCUCUCGCACUCAAAGCUCUUGUUUUGGAAAGGAUGGGGAAGCCCGAGGAAGCCUUAUCUGUUUGCCUGAAAGCCAAGGAGGUCUUGUAUGCAAAUGAUUCUCUCUUGAUGGAUGAUCUUACACUCAGUACGCUGCAGAUAGUCUUUCAGCGACUAGAUCACUUGGAUUUGGCUACGAACUGUUAUGAACAUGCUUGUAGUAAGUUCCCAAAUAGUCUGGAACUCAUGAUGGGGCUCUUUAACUGCUAUGUUCGUGAGUACUCAUUUGUGAAGCAACAACAGACAGCUAUCAAAAUGUACAAACUUGCUGGAGAAGAAAGAUUUUUGCUUUGGGCAGUUUGUAGCAUCCAAUUACAGGUGCUUCAUGGCAAUGGAGCAGAGAAGCUACUGCUCUUGGCUGAAGGAUUACUGAAGAAGCACAUCACUUCACAUAGUUUACAUGAGCCUGAAGCUGUUAUGGCUUACAUAUCCAUAUUGGAAAAGCAAACUAAGUUUGGGGAUGCUUUAGAAGUUCUAGCUGGGAAAUUGGGAUCACUAUUGACAAUUGAAGUUGAUAAGCUACGAAUACAGGGGAGACUUCUGGCUCGGGCAGGUGACUAUGUGGCUGCUACUGAUAUAUUUAAAAAAAUUCUUGUGUCAAGUCCAGAUGACUGGGAGUGUUUCCUUAAUUAUUUAGCCUGUUUGAUGGAAGAUGGCAGCAUUUGGUGUGAGGAGGCUGUCAAUGAUCCAGUACAUCCCCCCAAAUUUGUCCAAUGCAAGGUCUCACACUUGACAGAUGAACAGUUUGAUAGUCAAAUAUCAAAUGCAUCAGAUUUUAUACAGAAGCUACAAGAUGAUACCACUAACAACUCUAUGAGGUGUCCGUACUUGGCAAAUAUAGAAAUUGAAAGAAGAAAGCUUUUACGUGGGAAGGGGAAUGAUGAAAGCCUAAUGGAUGCAAUUGUGAAUUACUUUUGCAGGUUUGGUGACUUGGCCUGCUUUACUUCAGAUGUUGAAAUGUUUGUUGAAGUCUUAACCGAUGAUAAGAAGACAGAACUUUUGAAGGAUUUAAUGAAAAGCAGUGAUGGUUUAUCAACAACUCCAAGCAAGACACUUGGGCGAUGUAUAACCCUUUUCAAAAUUCAGCACUUACUACUGGGGAACAUGUUCAAGUAUUCUGUAAAUGAACUUGAAGGUUCUUGUGUUCAAAUGUCUGAUAUGUAUUGCAAAAACCUUCCACUUUCAAAGGGCUUGGAUCCACAGGAGAGCAUGCAUGGUGAGGAGCUUCUUUCAAUAACAUGUAAUGUGUUGGUGCAGUUAUUUUGGCGUACUAAGAAUGUUGGCUACAUGGUAGAGGCAAUUAUGGUUUUGGAGUUUGGUUUGGCAAUAAGAAGAUAUGUUUCACAGUACAAGAUCUUGCUGUUGCACUUGUAUUCCCACUUUGGUGCUCUUUCAGUGGCAUAUGAAUGGUAUAAAUCACUGGAUGUCAAGAAUAUCUUGAUGGAAAGUGUUCUGCACAACAUCUUGCCUCAGAUGUUGGUAUCUCCGCUUUGGACUGAGUCUAACAAUCUGUUAAAGGAUUACCUGAAGUUUAUGGAUGACCACUUCAGAGAAUCUGCAGAUUUGACUUUUCUUGCAUAUCGCCAUAGUAUUUACUCAAAAGUAAUUGAAUUUGUGCAGUUUAAAGAACGGUUGCAACAGUCUAGUCAGUAUUUUGUGGCACGAGUUGACACAUCGAUUUUACAGCUUAAGCAAAAUGCAAAUAACAUUGACGAAGAGGAGGGUGUCCUUGAAAGCAUGAAAUGUGGGGUUCAAUUCCUUGAUCUGUCUAAUGAAAUUGAAUCAAAGUCUAUAUCCUUCAAUGAAGACUUGCAGUUACGACCUUGGUGGACGCCAACUUCAGACAAAAACUAUCUUUUAGAACGAUUUGAAGGGACUUCUUAUUGUCAUAGAGAAGUUUCGAUCAAAGAGAGGGAAACAAGUUUCCAGAGAGAGAUUGAGAAGAAAUCCAUACUUCCACGGAUGAUAUAUCUUUCUAUUCAAAGUGUUUCAUCUUCAAUUAAGGAACAUGUUGAGGUCAAUGGUUCUGUUUCACCUAAAAUAUCUUCAGAGAUGAAACUAUUGCUAGACCGCUAUGCAAAACUUUUGGGCUUUUCUCUGAGUGAAGCAAUAGAAGUUGUCAUGGGCUUUUCCAGCAGUGAAAGUACCUCUGUGGUUUCUUGUUCCAACCUGAUUGACUGGUUGAAUUUCAUUGUAUUUUUAAAUGCAUGGAGCCUUAGCUCUCACGAACUUGUGCAACCAGAGAGUAAUAGCAGCAAGCCACAUAUUUGGAAUAUCUUAGAUUCUUUGCUGGAGAAGUAUAUUUUAGAGGUGGUCAAAUCUAUGGAGCCCGAUAUAUGUUCUCCUUGGAAUGAUGUACAACUUGUAAUGCAGAUAGUUACUGAACCUUUGGCAUGGCAUGGACUUGUAAUUAUGUCUUGUCUUAGAUCACUUCAACCAUCUGGUAAGAAGAAAAAGAAAAGCGGAUCAGUUGAUCAGUCUACCUCAAAUCUGGCUCAUGCAAUUCAAGAUUCUGUCCAGCAUUUAUCCAAUGUGUUAGAGGAGGUUCGGAGAUGGCUAAGAGAAUGGAAUAAAAGACCCGAAGAUGAGAAUGUGGAUAGCAUCCUUGCUCCUCUGAGGAAAAAUGGUCAAAAUGAUGGACCAGGGCAGGUCUAUCGAAUUUUCGAGACGUAUAUUUCCACUAUUAACGAGGCAGAGGUUGGUGAUCGUAUUGCUCAAUCCCUCAAAUGCUGGAGUCCUGCGGAAGUUGCCAGGAAAAUGGUGAAUGGGAAGGUUAAAGUACUGGCAGAAUUCUCUACCAUGUGUGAUUCAAAAAUUAAGUUACUACAGUCUAUCGAACAACAAAUUGCUCAAACAUGAAGAAACAAUCAUAUGUGGCGCUGAAGUUUGAUUUGGGAUUUACAAAUAUGGCCUCUUCUAUUGCUGUCCAGAUAUGAACCGUGGAUGCCAUGGGGUGAGAAAAGUGAGCUCAAAGUUAGUAUUUUCUGUGGAAGAGCCAUUAAUGGUUUGUUGGCAGCUCUAAUACUGGCUCUGGUUUUUUGUUGGUCAUUUUCAUGUAAAAUUUUGAUGUGUUCUAUUCAUUUUUAUUCUAUCCUCUCCUGGGCCUUUUAUGAGCAAUUUACCUUUUUUUUUUUUUGUCAGAAUUGUAGUUCCGAAUAAAAAUUUUGGCGAUGUAAUAUUUGGUUUGAUUAGUUUAAUUUGAGAUUAUAGAUUUUAUUUAAA